AUGUUGUUAAUUUGGCUCGUUCCCUCCCAUUUAAACGGCAACAGCUGUCAUCUCUUUAAACUUCCCGCGUUUUUGAUCCCACAGCUAUGCCGCUUCACCACCCCGGUGCCCCACCUGGCUGUGUACUCCGGCCUGACCGAUUCCCCCUUCCCCAACCCCUCGUCCUCCCUCGCCAACCUCGCCCCGUGCCCGUCGCCGGUCAGCGUAGCUCCGGACAGCACCUCCGGCUCCGAGCGGCGGGCGGAAACCGGCGGUGAGGGGGAGCGGGGCGGCGGCGAGGCGGUCCAAGCCCCCGGACAGACUUGCAAGUCCCGGGUGGUGCUGUCCCUUCGGCGGUUGCUGAGGCGAGGCUGCGGCGUGGGCGGGGGCCCCUCCGCCGUUUUCGCCAGCCUCUCGCCCAAGUGCCACGCCGCUGCCGGGGCGGGCGGGCGGAUCCAGCCGAUCAGUCCCGAUGCCUCCAGCCAGGCCCCGCCGAGGAAAACUGGCAACUUUUUUCAGAUCAAGGUCGACAUCCCUCCGGAAUGCCGGAUCUACCCCAUCGAGUCCGAGGACGAGGAGGAGGACAACCGAGGCGCCGCCCACGGAUCUUUGGGGGCCAAGGAGAUCAUCUGCCCCUGGGAGAGCCUCACGGCUCAUAAUGGGACUGGCUAAAAACAAAACAGGUACUGAAAGCUUGUUGUUGUUGUUAUUAUUUUUUAAAUCUUCUUUCCAACAUUCCACCUUAAAUAUGAUCAAAUGUGCCCUGUGACGUCUGCUCUUUGAACGUCUGAAAAAUUGUAGCGCUCCCAGUCCAACCUCAACUCCGAGUAGCCCCCCCCAAAUGGAGCCUUAUAGAUUAUUAAAUGCCUUAUUUAUUUUUUUUUUGCCUUACACCGACUAAUAAUGUCAGUAAAAAAAGAAAAAAAAAGACAAAAACAUAUUUAAUGAGAGGAAUACAAUUAUCAAAUGCCAAAGACAACUUUUGGACUGAGCCCUUUGCUUUUAAGUUUGUGUUUUGAAUGUAUUUCCUGUCCAAUGUGAAUGUUUAUAUUUUGUGAGUUUUUACUUUGAUUUGAAUUGAGACGAUUGAAUGAAGUGAAUACAAAAAUGAAAGUCAUUUUUGUGGGGCCUUUGGAUUGUUAUAAGAACUAAAAUAAUGUGAAUUUACAGUGUUCCCCUGUCAUAUUGUGUUUAUUGUUCUGGCCCGCCUCUACAUGACCAAAUCUUGAGCGAUCGUUUUUUAAUUUUUUUUAAAUGGGAUAUUACUGAGGUGACGCGGUGGAUCAGCUGGUAAAGCGUUGGCCUCACAGUUCUGAGGUCCCAGGUUCAAUCCCCCGACACGCCUGUGUGGAGUUUGCAUGUUCUCGCCGUGCCUGCGUGGGUUUUCUACGGGCACUCCGGUUUCCUCCCGCAUCGCAAACAACAUGCAAUAUUAAUUGGACACAUUAAAAAUUGCCCCUAGGUGUAAUUGUGAGUGCGGCUGUUUGUCUCCAUGUGCCCUACGAUUGGCUGGCAACCAGUUCACGGUGUACCCCGCCUCCUGCCUGUUGACAGCUGGGAUAGGCUCCAGCACACCGCGCGACCCUCGUGAGGAUAAGCGGCAAAGAAAAUUGAUGGAUGGAUAUUUCAGUAUUCUUCAAUUAAUAUUAGCGGAGCCACCGUUCCUGAUAUGCUUUUCCGUGUUUGAAAUCAGUAAAAGAGAAACACACUCGCUGCUGUCGCCCACAGCCCUCCCCACACACUCACGCGCAAACUUGCCGACGUCAUAAGCCAGCAUGCCCCGCCUCUUAAAGGCACGUGCAUAUAUCAAAUAAUAAACUAUAUUUACAGUAUUACCCUACAAGAUAAUUUUUUUAAUGUAAAAUAAAUGGGGGUUCACAAUACAUGCAGCGCGGAGAGGGAUUCUUGUGCACGUCGUGAAGUCAUUUUAGCAAAAUCCAGUUUUGUA